UGGAGAAGAACGGAGCUUUUUCUGCCUGUUAUAGAACAUUAUUGGUCAAGAAAGCCAUUUGUUUCAACAAAAAGUGGAUUUUAAUCGACGUUUGACUGUGAGAAUUGUCUGUUUUUUUGUGGAUUCUAAGCAAAGUGGAUCUCCGCUGGUGCGAAUUGGACAGAACAAUGAACGGGCAAGUACUCCUGUUUGUGUGUCUCUGCGCCCUCGACGCAGUGCUCGGCCAGGCGAGCUACUCCAUCCCAGAGGAAAUGACCAGAGGGUCUUUAGUGGGCAACAUAGCACAGGAUUUAGGUCUGGAAAUACGACGUCUGAUUGCUGGCAAAGCAAAGAUCUAUUCCAGGAACAAUGAAGAAUACGUCGAGCUGAGCCGUGAAAAGGGCGUCCUCGUCGUCAAAGAGAGGAUCGACAGAGAGGAGCUGUGCGCACACACCGCUCUCUGCGCGCUGCAAUUUAGGAUCAUUUUAGAAAACCCCAUCGACAACGUGAGCGUCCGCGUCCUGAUCCAGGACCAGAACGACAACGCCCCCCAGGUCCUGUACCCGGUCCAGACGGGCGGCUCGGUGCUGGCUGAAAUGGUGCCUCGUUCAGCAGAUGUGGGCUACCUGGUGACUAAAGUGGUGGCUGUUGAUGUGGACUCUGGACAGAACGCCUGGCUCUCCUAUAAAGUGCACAAAGCCACAGACAGGGCGCUGUUUGAAGUGGGCCUACACAAUGGAGAAAUAAGAACUGUCCGCCAAGUCACUGAUAAAGAUGCUGUCAAACAAAGACUGAGUGUUCUAGUGGAGGACAACGGGCAGCCCUCUCGUUCAGCUACAGUCAUUGUUAACGUGGCGGUGGCGGACAGCUUCCCUGAAGUGCUGUCAGAGUUCACUGACUUUAGCAUGCACGACAAGGAGUACAAUGACAAGCUGACUUUUUACUUAGUCUUGGCUUUGGCUGUAGUCUCCUUCCUCUUCAUCACCUGCUUGCUGCUCAUCAUAUCAGUCAAAGUGUACAGGUGGAGACAGUCUCGCGUCCUCUACCACUCCAACCUCCCUGUCAUUCCAUAUUAUCCACCACGUUACUCAGACACUUUGGGGACAGGGACUCUCCAACACGUGUACAAUUACGAGGUGUGCAGGACCACCGACUCCAGGAAAAGUGACUUUAAGUUGGACGGAGCUGGUAGUCACAACGUGCUGGUGAUGGACCCCAGUUCUACAGGAACCAUGCAGAAGAUACACAGUGAAAGGAACAUCUUGGAUGAACCCGACUCUCCUUUCGAGGUUAGUCACUUGCGUUUUGUUUCGAGUUCUGCAGUAAAUAUUUGUUCAGUAAUGCCUGGAAGUUUAUGA